AUGAACAGAAGCACUCUGUUGACAUUUGUAUUCGCGAUUGUUGCGAUCGUUAUCGGUCUCGCAUCCGCGCGCGAGGCGCAGUAUUUUUACAACUCCGUCAGUGGCGAGGCGACGUGGACGGAUCCUCUCAUCGCGCCUUGGAUAGACGAGGAAACCGGGAAGAAAUAUUGGACGACCGCCGAUGGGACUGCCACCUGGGAAUCCCCAGGAAAUUGGAAGGAAGAGUGGUCCACGGAACACAAGAUGCCGUUUUACGUGAACAAGAAAACGAGCGAAUCCACCUGGGAUUUACCGGAAGAAUUGGCCUGGGAACGCGUCAAUCACGAGGUGGAGGAUACUUUGUGA